AUGUCGAAGCUGUUCCGCACGGUGGGUGCAAAGGGGUUCCAGCCCUUUGAUUGGGCUAACGCGGCGCAGUACGCCUCGGGCACCCCAAUCAUGAUGAAGCCAGCCUGCUACAUCAACGGCGCGUGGGUGGCAAGCGCGCUGUCGGACAAGACGGUGAGCGUCGAGGACCCUUGCACAAACCAGGUUAUCGGUGCCAUUCCAUGCAUGGGGUACGCGGAGACGACGGCCGCUAUCGAGGCGGCCAAGGCUGCGUUUGAGAGCUGGAGGCAAGUGAUGCCGCGUCAGCGCGCCGCGGCGGUGCGGCGCUGGGGAGAGCUCAUUCUUCAGCGCCGUGACGUCAUCGCAAACAUUCUCUCUCGCGAGUCCGGCAAAGUCAUCGCGGAGGGAAAGGGCGAGGUGCUGUACGCCCAAGGGUACGCGGACUGGUACGCUGGUGAGGCGGAGCGCAUCUACGGCGACAUCAUCCCUGGUCCUCGCCCAGGCGUGCAGACGACCGUCUUUCGGGAGCCGGUUGGCGUUGUCGGCAUCAUCACACCGUGGAACUUUCCGGCAGCGAUGAUCACGCGUUCUGCCUGCGGUGCCAUUGCAGCCGGCUGCACUGUUGUGCUCAAGCCAGCGGAGCUCACGCCGUUCACAGCCAUGGCGCUUGCCCAGCUGGCCGACGAGGCUGGCAUCCCGCCAGGCGUCUUCAACGUCGUCGCCGGUGAUGCCCCCAGGAUCGGCGACGCACUUGUCGAGUCCGUCGACGUACGCAAGAUCUCCUUUACCGGCUCCACCCGUGUCGGCAAGCACCUUUACCGUCGAUGCGCCGAGACGAUGAAGAGGGUCGGCAUGGAGCUUGGCGGCAACGCGCCGUGUAUUGUCUUUGAGGAUGCCGACCUGCCUCGAGCCGCUGAUCAGCUCAUCGCCGCAAAGUUCCGCAACGCGGGCCAAACGUGCAUCUCCGUGAACCGUGCGCUCGUGCAGGCGAGUGUCUAUGAGGAGUUCAAGAGCCUCAUGGCCGAGCGGGUGCGCGCGUUGAAGGUGGGCAACAGCUUAGACCCCUCCGUGAAGGUCGGUGCCGUGAUUGGCAGUGCGACGCUCAAGCGCAUGACUCGCGUGGUGGAGGACGCCGUGGAGAAGGGGGGCACGGUGAUGGUGGGCGGAAAGGCUCUGGAGGGCGACGGCUACUUUUUCGAGCCGACGCUGCUCACCGAUGUGCCGCACGACACAGCGCUGUGCUGCCAGGACGAGCUCUUUGGCCCUGUUUUACCCCUCGUGCCGUUCGACACUGAAGAGGAGGUCGUAAAAAUGGCCAACGAGACGCGGGCCGGAUUGGCCUCGUACUUUUUCACCAACGAUUACCGUCGCCAGCACCGCGUCGCGCGGGCGUUACGCUACGGCAUGGUGGGUGUGAACGACAGUACACUUUCCAACCCGGGGGCUCCAUUUGGGGGAGUCAAGGAGAGCGGGCUUGGUCGGGACGGGUCCAAGUACGGCAUUGACUCCUUUGUCGACGUCAAGUACGUCCUCUUUUCCACUCUUUAG